AUGGAACGCAUAGACACGGGCACUUGCGGAUCUAAUGCUAAGUGCAUGUCGGGGAAUCUCUGCAAACGUCUCCGCCAAAUGUUAUGGGCGGUACGACAUCGUGCAGCGAGCAGACCGAGUUACCAGACAGGUUCCAUAACAGGCUUGAAAUUGCAGUCCUAUCCCAAUGAAGUCGAACUAAGCCUGUCCUGUUACUACCUAGAGAAAUUGUUCGCGGAGCAUAUUCUUAAUUUCAAUUAUCGUUGA